UGUUAGCACGAUCGCCUAGAAAUGCGAAAACUCGUAACUUCUAGUCCGACAAAGCCAAGACGUACUACUUUGCGAAUUCGGGCGAUUGCCGCGCAAGGGUGGCGAAAUCAACGUCAUCCUUGUAGAUAUUAUUGCGAGCUGCCCUCAUUGUGCUGCAUGAGAUCUGGCUGGUAUAUCGCUUUUGAAAGCUUUGGUAUAUGUUGAAGAUAGGACUCAAAAACAACGAUUGGAAGGUACUAAUUUUGAAUGAUUAUGGGUGGGGCGUACCGGCGAUGUUUGAGACACGAAGGAAGGGUUCACCUAUCAGCAAAGGAAACGGGGAUUGCGAUUCAAACGCACUAUUUUAGUGUUUGCAGAGUGGAUUCACAAUAUCAGGUGAUUCCCGCGAUCUCAAGUCCAAAGGAAUCUAAUUUGGUCAAGUCUAAAUAAAACGUGAUGUCAUGGGGUCCCUGCGCAUACGUACCCCUCGGUCGUCGUUUGAUGAAAAAGAAACCCACUUUUCAGGAACAACAACCCCUCUCCACCUUGGCUCGUUCUUUUCAAUUCAAUUCCUCAGGGUAGAGUGUCGCCAUGGACAAGUUCAAAGAGAAGAUCCAGCACCUGGAGGGUUCUCUGAAAGACACCCACAUUGUAGAGGAGGCCCACCACUUCAAGCAUAAGGUUGGCAAAUUUUUCAACAUUGUCAACCCUAACCAUCGCCAUGACGAAGAACACGAACAAGAAACCGAUAGAAAGAGAACGGCAAUCGCCGAGGCCCAUCGCUUCGGAUCAUUUGCUCCAAUUCGGGAGGGCAACAAGGUUAAGUGGUAUGUCGAUGCGCUAGACUAUCUGUGGGCCGUUUCGAUCGCUCUCGAAAACGCGAAGGAAGUCAUCUAUAUCGAAGACUGGUGGCUGUCACCGGAGCUAUUUCUGCGUAGGCCUGCAUACCAGACGCAGGAAUGGCGACUGGAUCAGGUGCUUAAGCGCCGCGCAGAAGCAGGAGUGAAGAUCUAUGUGAUUGUAUACAAAGAGGUUAACCAAGCACUGACUUGCAACUCGGCCCAUACGAAACAUGCCUUGCGCAACCUCUGUCCGGAGGGAACACCCGGCUAUGGAAAUAUCAAGAUCUUGCGUCAUCCGGAUCACAACAUCUUUGAGAAUGCAGCCGACAUGACAUUGUACUGGGCCCAUCACGAGAAGUUCAUUGUGAUUGACUAUGCUUUGGCUUUCAUUGGAGGCAUCGACCUUUGUUUUGGCAGAUGGGAUGCUAAUCAGCAUCCUCUGGCUGACGUUCAUCCAUCAAAUAUGAAGGAUGAGGUCUUCCCGGGACAGGACUUCAAUAAUAAUCGUAUCAUGGAUUUCCAAAGUGUGGCUUCGUGGCAAGCAAACGAGCUCAGCAAGGCGGAAUAUGGCCGGAUGCCCUGGCACGAUGUGGCCAUGGGACUCAUCGGAGACUGUGUGUAUGAUAUUGCGGAGCACUUUGUCCUGCGAUGGAAUUUCAUCAAGCGCGAUAAGUACAAGCGUGACAAAAAUGUUGACUGGCUCAUGCUGGAGGGCCGUCUCGGCGAAGACGAAGACCUUGUCGCUGUACAGCGUCCCAAGUACCCUUGCGGUGAUUACAUUCAGCACCCUUACUCACCUCUGGACACGAAGCCUCGUGGCGCCCAGGGGUUCGCGCGGGCACAGAUUGUGCGCAGCAGCGCCGACUGGAGUAGUGGCAUCCUGACUGAACACAGCAUUCAGAACGCGUACAAGGAGAUCAUCAGCAAGGCUGAACACUUUGUCUACAUUGAAAAUCAAUUCUUCAUUACUGCCACCGGAGAUCAGCAAAAGCCUAUACUCAAUACGAUUGGGCGAUCCAUUGUUGAUGCUUGUGUCCGCGCAAGCAAAGAAGGGAGGAAGUUCCGUGUGAUCAUCGUGAUCCCAGCAAUCCCUGGAUUUGCUGGGGAUCUUAGACAGACUGAGGCGACAGGAACACGGGCGAUCAUGGAUUACCAAUACAAGUCUAUCAAUCGUGGCGAACACUCGAUCUUUGGCCAGAUUGCGAAGGAAGGCAUCGAUCCCAAACAACAUGUCUUUGUUUUCAAUCUACGUGCAUAUGAUCGCAUCAACAAAACUCCGGCUCUAGAAGCACUAGAGAAUGAAGCGGGAGUGACAUAUAACGACAUCCAACGUGGAAUUGCGGAGUCCAUCAUGAGUGACAGUGUCCAUCCCUCUAUUGGUAAAGAGGGUGAUAAGGGCGAAGUCAGCUACGAUGAUGCGCAGAAAGAAAGAGAAGAGCGGCUGGCAAGAUUGCGACGAUAUGAGGAGCAGGCUGAGCGCCACAGUGCCGAAUACAAAGCCUCCAGCAAGGAUACAGUUGCCCACACAACUAUGCUAAACGGUGGCAGGAUGUCCGAUGAGCCUUGGGAGGGUGACGCUGAGUCUGAAAAGGAAAACUUUGUUCAAGAAGAGCUGUACGUACACGGCAAGGUCUGCAUCGUGGAUGAUAGAAUUGCUAUCUGCGGCAGUGCGAAUAUCAACGAUCGGUCACAACUCGGAUUCCAUGAUAGCGAACUGGCUAUCGUUGUGGAGGACCAAGACUUCAUCGACAGCACGAUGGAUGGUAGACCAUACAAGGCAGGUCGUUUGGCCGCCACACUCCGGCGGCAGCUUUGGCGAGAGCACCUUGGGCUACUCCCAGCACAGCAAUAUGACGCUUCCCAAAGCGCCAAUGCGCAACCCCCAUAUGUCUGCAUGAACCAGGUCCUCGAGGGGCCUGAGAACGACUUCGUCACGGAUCCCAUGAGUGAGCCACUUUGGGAGAUGUGGACCGGACGGGCCACCACCAACACCGAAAUUUAUCGAAUGCUCUUCCGCGCCGAUCCGGACGACAACAUCAAGAACUUCGAAGAUUACGAGAAUUUCAGACCCCGCGGUAAGCAGAAGCAGGGACACUUGUUUGACCCGUACCAGCCGGUCAAGGAUGUCCGGGAAAAAUUGGAUAAGAUUAAGGGUCAUUUGGUUUGGAUGCCACUUGACUUCUUGAAGGACGCUGAAAUGGCGGAGCCUGGAUUACAGGUGAACCAAAUCACAGAGGUAGGUGUCCGACUGAUGUUAAUGAGAGAUUUACUAAGUCAAGGACUACAUAACGACAUAGACAUGUCCACUCACCUCAAUUCCAGCAAAAGUAAGAUAACUUAUAUAACUUAGGUCUUUGAAAUAGCACGUGAUGCCUUAAGUGAUCUAGUUGACUUUAUGAGAGCAUUCCGCAAUGUAUAACUCCCGGAGCUAGACCACAGCUUAGCAUCA